CGGGGGGUUGCCGCAGGCGGGGCCCCCCCCAGGCCCAGGCCCAGGUCCAGGUCCGGCCCAAACUGACCGGCUGGAGGAGCGCGAGGAGCUGCCAUGGCGCCCAUCCAGGUAGGAGACCGCCUGCCCAGCGUGGAGGUGUUCGAGGGGGACCCUGACACCAAGGUGAACCUGGCCACGCUCUUCCAGGGCAAGAAGGGUGUCCUCUUUGGGGUGCCCGGCGCCUUCACCCCUGGCUGCAGCAAGACACACUUGCCAGGGUUUGUGGCAGAGGCCAAGGAGCUGCAGGGCCGAGGCGUGGACCUGGUCGCCUGCCUGGCCGUCAACGAUGUCUUUGUGGUCAGCGAGUGGGGCAAAGCUCUUGGCACCCAGGGCAAGGUGCGGAUGCUGGCUGACCCCACCGGGGCCUUUGGGAAGGCCACUGACCUGCUGUUGAACCAGGACCCGCUGCGCCAGCUUUUUGGGAAUGACCGCCUCAAAAGAUUCUCGAUGGUGGUGGAAGACGGGGUGGUGAAAGUCCUCAACGUGGAAGCCGACGGCACCGGACUCACCUGCAGCCUGGCUAGCAACCUCCUCUCCCAGCUGUGAGGGACCAGGCGUCUGGGCCCCCCACCCCAUACUCCCAGUUUUGACCCAAGAGCCCCAUUGAGACAAGGGGUAGGGGCACAUCUUGCUGCUGCAGCUCCUGAUUUGGGCCUGUAGGGGGUGCACAGGCUCCACCCCCAAGCUCUGGCCCCGCCCCUGCUGCUGAGGCCCCGCCUCCUGCACCCCCACUUUGCUGGAAUAAAUGGCUCUGUUCAGCUCAA